AUUCUUAAGAAGUGAAGUAGAUAAAUUUCUUGUAGGCACGAGCAAUACAGUACCUAGGCCCUUAGACAUUUUUUACAAAAAUCGAAUCCCGUACACAUUUUUAGCUAUGGGGCUAAUCUCAUCAGUUUAUUGCUGGUCGAGAAAGUAUUUCGGGGAACUAAAAGAAUCUUACAUAUCCGCGGAACUCGGUCAUGAUUCCCCCAUAUUCAAACUCGAUGACUAUCGUAGCCGAAGAUUUGCAAUUUUAGAGCUUUUAGAAAACCGAAUGGAAGAAUUUAUCGUGCGUAGAAACCCAGUUAUACUACCCAACGAAACAACAAUGGAAGAACCCAAAAGUUGCUUAAAUCCUAUUAUCUUCAUCAAUAUCGACAUAUCGCCUACACAAAUCCAGACUGCUUUUACAUACCUAGAUAAAGGUAGACAAGUUGGACAGAAGCAAAACUUUGAAUGUAAUAUGCGACCAUUGAAUAGUUUCAUCAAGCAAUCAGAAAUAUAUCAAAGACCAGUACUACAAAUAUCAAAUAGACUGAAGUUAGGUUUAGAAAAGAUUUUUGGUGACUACCUUGAAUUAUACUCAAGUUACGAAAAAAAUGGGAAAAAAAGAAUACCAGCAUCAAAAUUACUUGGCCGGGCUUUCCAAAAUAUGCGGAAGAGAAGGAUUUCAAGUAAUGUUGAAUGGAUAAAAACAAGUAAAAAUCGACCAAAGAAAAUCAGAAAAUUAUUUGUUUCCUCAAACCCAAACCUAUUUGAACAGCUUACGGCAAACUUUGACAUGGACGAUUUUUUUGUGUCGAACGACGAAUUUCCUGCUUCGGAUAGCAAGUUAUUUACUACAUGCCAUCCAGGUUACAUGUAUUUUUUUAUGCUCACAUAUCUGCACUGUCUCAACAAGCAAAUAGAGAAAAAAUUAGAAAGUAAUGUAGGAUCGAAUUGGCGAGCCAACAACAUUUGGUAUAGCGUCUCUAUUGACAAAAAGCUACUGUAUACUGUAUUCGGCUCAAUAAAAAAAUUGGAAAAAUUAUUCUUUGCAAGUGGAAUACUCGGGAAGGACGACGAACUUCGAAAAGCAAAAUUCUGUACCCGUGGUGAAGAAAUUUUACAAGCUAUCCAACACAAGUAUCAGCAUUUGGACUUUAGGUUGAAAUCAUACUUUGUUGUUGCACAGAUAUCUUCAAAGCAUAUUCAACUUAGUUUGCAUCAAGUGGUCAAACUGACAUCACCUGGAGAAGAUCCAGCGUCCAUCAUUAUUCAGGAUGAAAUAAUACAUAUCGAUGAUGUAUAUGAUACACUUUGUAAGAGUAUUAUGAAGAGCAUACAAAUCAAUUAUCAAGUUGACUAUUGUACCACGCAUAAGUACGGUAAAGAUAUACAAUAUGAUUUCCAGUCAUUUGAGAUGUAUAGCAAUAUUUAUCGAAAUUUAAAACCAUGUGUUGCUGAACUUUUCGAAAAAAACAAAUCAAAUUUGGACAUGAAUUCCAAAAUACAACUGAAUAUCAACACGAAAUGCGGCUGCAGUAUAAGCAUAUUUCUUCGUGAUAUUAUUGAAGGAGGCCUUAUGUCAGUGACAGAAAGUAUUACAACUGAUACAGUGGCUUCUUUGACUAACAAAAGAUUAUUUGGAAACUAUGUAUCGAAUUAUAUUUUUGUGUUUGGAGAUCCAUUCAAUCUGGGGCAGGGUUCAAAGAUCCACAUCAUAUACACCAUGAUUAUGAAAAAAGCAAUUGAUGACGGCGUUUAUAUUAAAGAAAAAGACACAAUGACAUUUGUACUAGGAGAAUCAAUUUUCCAAUUACUGGAGACGUUUUUAACUGGGAAAAAGCCUUACAUGUUUGAUAGGUUUGUCACUGGAACUUUGUGCCAAGUAUCAAGCAAUACAUACGGGAUGCGGAUUCUAUCAUAUCAUUCACGCGAUUCAAUGCCUUUCACCCGAAUAAACAGUGAUGGUGAUAUCAAAAAUACUAUUGCAGGUACUGGUAGUUAUUUGAUAUUUAUUCAGAAAGGGAAGCCAGUUUCAACAAAAGGGCUUAUAAUUCAAAUGAAAUACGGAUGUUGUAAGUUCGUUGCCAUGAUUAUUCUACUUCGUUUGUGCUAAUGUGACUCACUUCUACUUACACAAAGCUACCGAAUUAAAAAUUCUUCAAUUAGAAAGUUCAACCAGUACUGUUCCGGACAAGUAUACACUAUUGCACGGCGACACUCCUGGUGAUACUUAUAAAAUAUUAUCCGAUGAUUUGACGUCUCGUAUUAUCAGAAACGUUGUGGUAGAAUAUGAGCUGAUUAGCAAUAAUUUAUCCAUCAAAAUAUCAAGAGGAUGUAUGGCCGAUAUUGAAGACUAUAUUGAUAAACCUUAUUACGCAACCGUAAAUAUCAUAGAGCCAUUGACACUCGCUUAUAUUUAACAUAUCAUUGCUUCAAUAAAAUUAUAUAUUACAUACAACUGAUUUAAA